GUGUCAUGUCAAUCUAGGGGUGUGCUUAACUGGGUGGAAAUGAGAGGGAAAGCUAACAUUCUUCAUCAUGUACCCUCCCAUAUACCUUUCCUCUGUGCUUGAGGCUCUUAAAAAAGGUGCUGCCAGUAGCAUCUGACUGCCUUAUCAUUACUGUCUUGGAAGGACGAAAUCAUCCCCACCUAUCUUAGAUAGAUAGAUUGCCGUCUGAGGAGUUCUUUUCGGAGACAAAAGAAACCUUCUAGAAAACAUUUCAAUUAACCUCUAUUAAGAAUUUGGAUGACAGCUUCAUGGGAAUCCUUGAAAUCAAGAUGUUCCUGUAUGUAAACCUUUUGAUGCUGCUCUUCCAGGAGGUUGCUUUAUCAAGCAUCCUGACCACCCCAUCCAGAGGAUGUCCCACCUGCACAGGAAAGCCUGCUGAUGUGAAAGCGGCCACUUUGGCUCCUGGAGAGCCAUGUGGCAUCUACACUUUGAGCUGUGCUCCUGGUCUGCGCUGCAAAGCUUCAAAGGAGGAGCUGAGGCCCCUACGUGCCCUGCUGGAGGGCAGAGGAGUCUGCAGAAAUAUUAGCAGCAAUAUCAGGAGCACCACUGCGGCUGCACAGGAAUUGGCACCAACUGAGGACCCCAUUGAGGCUCCUUGUCGUAAACUGCUAACGGAAGUCAUCAAAAGUCUUGAUAGCCAUUUAAUUAAGUCCCCUCAUGAUAUCUACAUACCUAACUGUGAAAAAAAUGGUUUUUACAAAAAGAAGCAGUGCUGGUCGUCUCAGAGCAGGCAGCGUGGAAAGUGUUGGUGUGUGGAUCAGAAUGGCCUCCCUGUCCCUAAGAAGACCAAAUCACAAGGAAGCAUUAUUUGCUAAGGAGCUUUAAAGAAGACAGAUGAAGGAACUUUUUUCCCAAAUGAAUUGAACAUACUUUUUCAUGUGUUGCAUAUUCCAUCAGAUGGAAACAGAUUUUUCUCCCUGAGGGGCUGUUUCACAGAAAAGUCUAACUUUGUGUCCUUACGCCCUCUACUGACUGUGCUGAUUUACUUCUUUCACUUUCGCCUGUUAUUUGAAACAUACAUUCAGGGGAUAUCUGAUUGCAACUAAUAUAAAUGAAAAUAAAAAACAUUAACAGCAAAGCAUGUCAAUUAUGAACUCAGUAACAGUUUAGACUUUUUUUUUUUUUAAACAAAUGACCCAAAAAUCUAAACACCUUCUUUCAUAUCAUAUCAAAACUUUUAGGAAUGUUAAUUUAUUGUUCUUUAAAAAAAAAAACUAUCUAUCAGUGAUACGUUCAUGAUUCAUUUUUUAUUAUGUCUGUUUGGUGUUUUAUGUGUUUAGGUUUUAUCAUAUCUAUAUAUUUCUAAGUGUGUUCCUUAUUCUUUUAAACCACAUUUAUUGUAUUAUUGAACCAUAUUUAUGUAUCUGUAUAUAGUUCUAUUUAUGUUUAUAUUAAUCAUUAUAAUCUCCUUAACUAUAAAAGUGAAAACUAACACUUAUUUGAGGGAACUUGAGAACCUUGACUGCUUAAUUUAUAAAAUUUGAGGGCUUCUAAUGUUG